AUGAAGCGGCUCUUCGGCUUCGGGAGGAAGAGGAAGGGGCCGCCGGGCGGCGCCUCCCCGCCCUGCAACCCCGGUGCCUACGAGCUCCGCGAGAAGGAGCUGGGCAAGCUGCACCGCGCGGCCGCCAGCGGCGACGUGGCGCAGGUGCGGCAGGCGCUGAGGAAACACGGCCUCGACGAGCGGGACAAGGCGAAGCGGACACCUCUGCAUCUUGCUUGUGCAAAUGGACAUUCAGAGGUUGUUUCAUAUUUAGUAGAAAACAAGUGCAAGCUAAAUCUUUGUGACAGUGAUGGGAGAACCCCCUUGAUGAAGGCAGUGCAGGGCCAGCAAGAAGAGUGUGUUGCUGUUCUGCUGGCACAUGGAGCCGACCCUGAUCUUGCCGAUGCUGCCGGCAACACUGCCCUUCACCUGGCUGCCCUGGCUCCCAACACCUCCCUAGCAGGGCAGUUGCUGGAGCACCAUGCCCUUAUUGAUGUAAGAAAUGAGGAGGGAUGCACACCCCUUUCUCUUGCCGUGUCUGAGCAUCAAGAAGAGAUGGUGGAGUUUCUGCUUAAAAAAGGAGCUGAUGUGCAUGUUGGAGACCGAUCUGCCAGGACCCCCCUUAUGACAGCUGCUUCUGGUGGGAAGUUGAAUUUAAUAAAACUUCUUCUUCGCUACGGUGCUGAUGUUUCCCAUAAGGACAUUAAUGGAUGGACAGCUGAGGAUUAUGCUGUYAUUCAUGGAUAUUCUAGUGUUGUUGAACACCUGGCAGAUGGUGCGGACCUCRCAAGUGCAGGAGAAGCUUCUGCAGGAGGCACGAAAGGCUUGUCCGUGCUUAGCACGCCUCGCAAGGCCGGAGCUGCUGACUUUGUGCUGGGAGCACCUGCUCUGGACAGAGGAGGAAUGCAACAGUCUCCCAACCAGACAUCAAGAACAAGAGAAACAGGGAAAGGGAUAGAUGACUUUUCCCAUGGAGAUUCAAUAAGAAGUUCUGAGAAAGGAGGUAGUGAUGACACUUGGCAUACUUCUGAAGAAGAAGAACUUGAUUUUACUCCCAAGAAGCCACAGAAGCCAAACUUGGCACUGCUAAUGAAUGCUUCCCARCAGCUGAGGAGAAACAAUGGUGAUGGUUCUAGAAUUGCAAGUCCUAAAUCACCAAAGGAAAACCUCAAACAAGUAACACCAUCAGACACAAACAUUAGUGAAGAAGUGUGUGAAGAACUGAAUCAAGAUGUUUCAGAUGGAAGCAACCUGGAGGAAGAAGAAUCAGAGCAAGAGGAGGAGGAAGAGGAAGAAGAGGAAGAUGAUGAAAAUGAUGAUGGUGAUGAUGUUGAAGAUGAUGAAGAGGAUGAGGAGGAAGAUCUUACUCAAGAUGAAAAAGAGGAGGAAGAUCUGGAAGAUGAAGAAGAAACUCAAUCUAAUGACAUAGUUGAAGAGAAGCAGGGGGAAAAAACAGAAGCUAAGAGGGAAAUAGAUCAGGAAUUGGGGCAUUUCAGCAGUUCUAAAUAUGAAGGGGAAGCUCAGCUUGGAAAGGGAAAUGUCUGUGAGGAUCAUCAUAAAAUAUGUAAAGAACUUUGUGAGAAAAUGGAGGGAUUGGACAGUCCUGUGUCUUUUAUAGAUGAAUGUUUUGAAAAUUUACAAGAAAAUGUAAUGUCUGUCUCUCCUCCAUUAAUGAAUAAUGAAACAUCUUGCAAGUCAGUACCAAAAGAAGAUGUUUUCCAAAAUUUAAAUAAUUUGCAAAGUGAAGAAGAAAGCUGGAAAAUUAAGUGUAUGAUUCAGGAAGAUUUUGACAAAAAUACUGAUUCCUCUUUUGCAGACUCUGAAAUAUCAGACCACAAAAAAGAGAAAGCUUUGCCUCUUGCAGACAUCUCUGGUCUCAAAGAGAAAAAAUUAAGCUUCGGUGAUGCCUUUGAAAGUAGUAAUAAUUCUAGUUCAGAAGCAGAAAACCCAAGACUUGAAAGAAAAAGGGAGCAUUCUGUGGCUCUCAAAGGCAUGGRUGCUGAAGAGGAGCAAUGUGAAGGAGCAGAUAAUGAAGUUGGUGAAGCACUGGAACGAGCAAGUGAAAGCUUUAGCCUAAAUAGCUGUGAAGGAAAACUAAGAUCAGCAUUUCCCUCGAGCACCAAAGAAGAAUCAUCUGAAUGGGAUGAAAAGGAAGAGGAUGAUGAAGAGGACCUGCAAGGUGCCARUGUUGAGGGUGUGAAGAAUUUUGUUAUUAAUGACAGUCCUCAAGUCCUGAAUCCUUCAGAAGACCAUGCUGGUGUGAGAAAUGUCGCAUCGGCAGCAGGAGCAGAGGAGGAGGAAGAUAGUGAUUCUCCCUGGGAUUCUGAGCCUGAAUUUGAAAGUCCAAGAAAUCUAUCAGCCAGUGUGCUGCUUCUGCCUGCGGAAAGCCGUGGAACAUCUUUGCAGAGCAUUUCAAGGGAGCAAGACAAUGGUUUUUCAGAGAAGCCCGGUGAAUCCCAGCAGCAGAUCUCUGAACCAAUUCUAGAAACAAAUGAAACCUUUCUUAGAAGUGGAAGGCAAAAGGCAGGUGAGUACACAGAACCUACCUUUCAUGUGUCAUUCUCAGCUGAAAAAAAGGAAGCCAUCAAAGAUCCCAUUGAAAACUAUGAGAGGCAGGGUAAAUAUAUUUUAGAAACUACCAGCUUGAUAGAGAAAACAGCACAUGAAAAUCAGACUGACAAAGCAGAAAUUUCACAUCAGGAAGCACUAUCACAAAAUAAGGACUUACACAAUACUGACAAACAGUUAAGUUCAAAACCUUGGGAAGAGAGAUAUGAAAGAAUGUGGGUUGAAAAUGAGAAAAGGGAAUUGAAAAUGAAUUUUAAAAGCAUUACAGCGGAACUGAAGCAGAUAUUUGGUGAAGUUGAUGAAACCGAUAAAACGACUUCAUUUGUGGGAGAAAUGUCUGAGAAUGACUCCAAUGAAGAAUUGAAGAGUUUUCAUGUAGUUUCACCUCAUGUGUCAGAAACAAGUAAUAAGAUAGAAAGUACACAUGAAUUUGGAGAUAAGAAACUUGUGCUGGGCCUAAAAGAGCCCAAAAUGGACAUCCUAAUUCCAAGUCCUGGUGUUCUUCCUGAUGAAAAUAACUUGAAAAGACACGUGGAAGAUACCUGCAGUAAAAAUGAAGAAGAUUGCAGUAAUAGUACAGAUAAUAUGGAAAUACCUAUGGCAAAAGGAGAGGGAAAGCAAAUACCUACUGUGGAGAUGGAAGAAAAUGAGAAUGGAAGCAGUAGAAAUCUAGAAGCAAGUCCGGAAUACUCUCUGAGACGUUGCUUAAAAACAUGCAUUUUGGAUGAUGUUUGUAAUGUUUUUCCUAAGGCAAGACCUGUUUCUACAAAUGAUGAAAAUUCACUUUGUAUUGUAACAGAAAGGCAAUUUGGAAAAGACUCCUAUUUUAGUGAUGAUGUUUCCAGAGACUACCUUACCAGUAAUGAUAAAGUAGCAGAAACAGAAAUUGAAGAUCUUUUUGAAAAUUCUCAGCAGUUUUGUGGCAUACUGGAUGGCAAUCUGGAUAAAGAACUAGAGCAAGAUAUGGAGAGAUUUAAGAGUAAGAUUGAGGAGGAAAAAAGAAAGCAAGGAUGUUUUGAAAAGCAGAUGGUGGCAGAAAAAGAAGACCUUGGGAAAUUAAACAUAUUGCCAGGCAAUGUUACUAAUCAGCAAAUGAAACAAAGGCUUCCUCUAGAAGAGGACUGUCUUAAAACAGAGAAUGAAGAAACAGAAGAAGAAAAACCCAAAAAGACCAAGACCAAGAAGAGAUCAAAAUUAAUUGCAAUGCCGUUGAAAAGUAAAUCUGCCAAGGCAACGAAAGGAGCAAAGAAAAAYGGGAGCAAAAAACAGGCUUCAAAGCAAAAGGCUAAUCAGCAGAUGAGUUCUUCCAGUGGCAUUCAUUUUCAAGAAUCAGAUGAUACUACUUUCAGUGAAACAUCCCAAGAGGAAGGAAGAUCUGCAACAAAAAGAGGAAAUGAAAGGAACAAGGUCAGCAUACAAAUGGAUGUCACAGACCUUGAUUUAACUCAGUCAUCUGACACAACUACAGAGGAUGCUGAACUGCCAGCGUCAGCCUACAAAGAGGCCAUGGUGCUGAUAGAACAGCUGAGUGUAGAUCACACAAAUUCUUCUAGUUUGUUGAAAAUUCAAAACAUACUACUUGAAUAUGAGCAGAGAAUAGAACAUGAAAAGAAUCGAUACGCCGCACUCUGGAGAGAAGUGAAAAAACUGGAAAGUGAAAAGGAGGAGUCGCAACUAAAAGCGGAAGAGACUCAAGAUUUGAAAUCCAUAUUUGCUCAUCAAGAAGUGGAAUGGAAAAAUGAUAUCCAAAGCCUUAAAUUUACUUUGAAGCAAGAAGAGGAGAAGAGGCUCAGAGCAGAAAUGCAAUAUGAGAAAACCAGAGAACAGCUAAGAAAGAAAGAAGAUCACUACUGUAAAGAGAUGGAAGAGAAACAACAGAUYGAGUUACACUCAAGGAAUUUAGAAAUGGAGUUAAUAACAUUGAGAACACUCUUGAAACAGGUUGAAGAAGAGCGUGAUGAAACACAGAGACAGCUUUCUCAAGAAAAGAGUGCCAGAGCCCUACAAGAAGGAAUUUUAAACAACCAUCUUUGGAGACAGAAGGAAAUAGAAGAAGAAACAAGAACUAUAGCAAAAGAUUCAGAGGUAUCUGACAGCAAUGAGAGAGAAAAGGAUCUCCUAUACAAAAAUCAACUACUGCAAGAUGAAAUUUCGGUACUUAGGCUAGAGGUUGAUCAAGUAAGACUUAGGAACCAGGAAGAAGAAGCAAAAUACACAGAGGAAAAUGAAACCUUGAAGGAAAAAAAUGAAGAUCUUAAAAAGGAACUUAAGCUAAACGAGGAAGCUUUAACACAAACCGUCCUUCAAUGCAACACACAGCUGAACUUACUAAAGACAGAAUCAGCAGUACUGACCUCCAAGCUGGAGCAGACAAAAGAAAGCAAAGACAGACUCGAGACCGAGGUUGAAUCGUUCCGCUCCCGUUUGAACUCGGCCGUUCAAGAACUUGAACGGCACCAGGCAUCAAGAAAUGACAUUGAGCGAGCAUUUCAGAGGGAACGUGACGAGUGGCUUCGUUUGCAGGACAAGCUGCAUCAUGACCUCUCUGAGGCGCGAGAAACCAGCCAGAGCUUGUCCCAGCAGCUGAGAAAAGCUGAGAGCAAAGCCAGCAAUCAAGAGAAUGAGAUUCACCAAUUGAAAGAAACGCUAAGAGAAAAAACACUGCUUUUAGAAAUGACACAAAAAGAAUUAAGUCAGGCCCAGUGUCAAGUAAAGGAAUGUGAUCAUGCCCGACAGCUUGAAAAAGAUCAAGUAAGCAAAUACAUGAUAAGACAAGAGUCUUUGCAAGAACGGUUGGCUCAGCUGCAAAGUGAAAACCUUUUACUCCGUCAGCAACUAGAAGAUAUGCAGAACAAAGGUAUCAUCAAAGAAAAAGUAGUGAACGAUGUCCAGGACAGAUUUAAUGAUAUUUUCAAUAAACUCAGAGCUGACACUGAAAAGCAAGCUUACCUGAUGGAGGAGAGAAACAAGGAAUUAAAUGCCAAAUGUGCUGACUUAAGAGAACAAAUCUUUAAAUACGAGACUGACAAAGUAGAAAGAGAGGGUGCUGUGAGACAGCUGCAGCAGGAGCUCGCCAACGCGCUCAAGAAGCAGUCCAUGUCAGAAGCGUCACUGGAAGUUACCGCGCGCUAUCGCAGUGACCUGGAGGAGGAGAAACUGCGCUUGCAAAAGGAGUUGGAUAGGGUUAAAGGCAAGUUGCAGGAAUUGGAAGAACAGCACAUUCAGUCUGAGCGUUGCGUUCAUGAUUUGAAGACUACCUUAGAAAACAAGGAAAGGGAAGUAAUAACUUCUUCGCAGAAACUUCAAGACCUUCUGGAAGCUUCUUUGGGAACUAAUACUACUAUAAAACAACUGGAAGAACAUGUGCAACGGCUUGAAAUUGAAAAUGCCAGAUUAGAAGCCACAGCCAAACAACAGACCAAUAGGAUUGAGGUUCUUCAGAAAGACCUGCAAGCCUCUGCCUCRGUUCAUAAUCGCCUGGAGGACUUGAUCACCAGCCUGCGGACAGUACCCAUGCCUUCAGAGGAAGAUCAAAAUCAGCAGAUGCAAAAGCAGAGUGUGUUAUCGGUGACAGCAAAAGAUCUGCGCAGUACAUGGGAGGAAGAACUGAAAUCAAGAUCCCAACUUCAAGAACACCUUGCUCAGCUUGAAAGGGAAAAGGCUGAGCUCUUGGAACAGUGUGAGGCUGAAAGAAAGAAAGUGAAAAAACUGGCAGAAYUGAAACGGCUGGUAGAAGUCCGUCUGGACCAAGAAAUGAAACGAAACAUUGAUCUGCAGAAAGAGUGCAACAGGGUCAAGAAGCUUUUGAAAACAGCUAUGAAGAAACUGAAGGUGUAUGAGAUGCGAGAGAGCGAGUCCCAAUUCGGUUCUCAGGGAGAAAUGAAGAACAGGUAUUCUGAAAUGGUCAAUGAAGUCAGUAGAUUAAGAACAAAGGUUGGUGAACUUUCCCAACAGCUGGAGACAGAGUCCAAAAAAUCCAUGCAACUAGAAGCAAGAAAUCAGGAUCUAGGAGAUGAACUGUCUUCUAUGCGUGGGAAUCAGGAAAAAUUGGAGAAAAGUAAAUGCCAGCUGAAAGAAGAGGUGUCUAACCUCAAACGUCGUUUAGAGACUAAUAUAGUAGAUCACAACCAAAUAGAACAGUAUAAGAAAGAGAUUGAUGAAAGAGCUGGACAAGAGUUAAGACAAAAACUACAGGAAGUUAACCUUUUCCUGCAGACGCAGGCAGCCUCGCAAGACAGAUUAGAACAAAUAAGAGCCAGUCAUCACGCUUCACUGAGAAACCAGCUAAAGCACAGAAUUAGAGAUCUGGAAUCAGAAUUGGAUAGAAUAAAAAAUAUGCAACAGGACAACAUUUUUCAAAAAGAAUCCACACAGGCAGAAGUGGGAAAGUACAAAGAACUCUACUUGGAAGAAGUGAAAAAUAGAAGGUGCCUAGCAAAUAAACUUGAAAGAGCUAAUGAAAGACUAGCAGAAGCCAAUGCCAAACUCCUUAACGAGCGCCACAGAAGCAGAUCUUUAAUUGCAAGCAGUAUUGUGAGUGGAGGAGGUCUGACUGCAAGUCCAGUCCUGUAUUCAACUCAGCUGGGACAUCUCAGCAACAAUUUGGCACUGAAUAGAAGUCUUAGUCUUGGAGGAAGCUUCAUAAGCCCGACGGGGAAUGCUUUAUCAUCAAGAAAUAAAGUUGAAGCCUAUGUGGCUAAGAUACGGCGAGAACUGGAUGAAAAAAUCACUAAAGAGCUUGAACAAGCCACUGCUGAACUUGAAACUGGAUCUGCUGGAGUUUCACCCGUAGUAUCUACAGAUGGAUCUUCAAAGAACGUAAAUGCAGAGCAGGAUCCCCUUUCAAGGGCAAUACAGGAAUAUCGUGAUGUUUUAACCAAAAAUUACUUGAUUUGAACAAUCACUACAGAAAGGCUAUGUAAAAUAUAUGGUUUACUUACAUGUUAAUGGUUUGUCACUAAGUGGUUUAGAUGUGAAAAAUCCUUAUUGCAAUUUGAAUAUAAACUGUGUUAAAUGAAUGUUAAGCACACUGCACUUGUCUGUAAAGAAUAUUGCAGGGAUGUAUUUUUUGUUUAUUUUGCACUCACAAGAAGAACUGUAGUUUUUGUGACUAGCAGAUCGACUAAUUUUGAUUCCUGAACUUGACAGGACUGCUGAAAUGUCUCUUGUUAGAGCAGAUGCAUUGUCUUGCCCACUCAUGGUCUGUGUUUUGACCAAAACAUUCCUUUUGUUYUUUUUAGUACUUCUAAAUUUAUGUUUCACUUGUUAUUUUGAUACUAAAUCUAUUUAAUCUGUUUUAUGUCUGGUACUUCUGUCUUGAUUCCGUGAAUAUUUAUGUUGAGUAACUCAAACAGUGUUCGAGAUGRAGAAUAGGGCAUUUUGCAUCUCUGUCGCUUGUAUGUGCUUCAGCUUAAAAAGUGCUGCUGGCAGGUUAAAAAGUGCUGUUAGCUUAGAGCAGUGCCAAGAAAAUGGACGUGUGGUCAUCUUAGUAUGUUCAUUUCA